GCCUCGUCGUUUCGAAAUCAGAAUCCCACAGAGGCGCACAGCUGCAGCUGUGUCUCAGUGCGAAGGUUUGAGAUAGGGGGAAGCGAGAGAGAGGAGAGAGAAACAGAGAGAGAGAGAGUGUGUGCGUGAUCCAUUUCCUGCUCGCGUCUUCUUGCAGCAACUUCAGCCGUUUAUGUUCCUUUUUAGUCUUUACCAUAGCUCGAUCUCUCUACCGCUUUCAGCUUUGGAAUUUUUGCCAUACCUGCGAAUCCUGUUCAUAAAUCCCUUCUGCACGUUGCACUUCUCCAACUUGGUCUCUGGUUCGUUCUUCGUCCAGCUUAGCUUGGGAUCUACUGCUCUAGUUCUUUUGGGAGGGCUCCCGACCUCCUGUGGCUGGCGAGGCCAGUUUCUAGGGCUGUCGGACGCUCGCUUGAGCUUUUUCUUCUCAUUAGGGUUUCCGGUGACUGCCUUGGAGAAGAAUGCAUAGAUCACGGAGCAGGGACAAGCCUAGCAUGGCCUUCGAUCCGAGGUCCAACGCCGAAGGAAAACCCGUGGACGCUGAAGGAUAUAUUCAACCCAGGAACUAUAUUAAGGAGCCAAUGGUAGAGUUGGAUUUUAAUUUUUCAUGCCGCCCCCCAACUGAGGCCAAGUCUAUCACCUUUGAUUUCAAGAGCAGUUCUUCUAAGAAGAAAACUAAAGCACCAAUAAGAGCUCCACUGGCUGAAGAGAUGUCUAUUGAAAAUCAAAUUAGGCGAUCCUCACCUACUGUAAUUGCUAGACUUAUGGGCCUGGACACAUUACCUUCUCCUGGAUCCCAUAAAUCACGGAAGGAAGUGAAAAACUGUUCCCAUAAGCUCCGUUCCAACGAUUUCCAAAAAGAAUUCGCCAGACAUGAUUGCUUUCUUCAAAAAUACAACGAUGCGCACCAAGAAUAUAAAGAUGUUUUUGAAGUGGAAGUGCCAGAAGUUGAGAAUCACAAGAACCCGGAUAUUUGUAAGCGAAGGCCCAACGUAAAACAGAGUGAGAUGGGCAUGGCAUUUAUACGUCAGAGCUUCAUUAAUGCAAAGCGCCUCUCCACCGAUGACAGGAUUCGGAGAUCUAAGGAAUUUGAUAAUGCAUUGGAAGUUCUUGAAUCCAAUAAGGACCUUUUCUUGAAAUUACUUCAAGAACCCGACUCUUUGUUCUCAAAACACCUUCAAGACCUAAGUCACUCUCCUCCCUCUCCACACGCAAGCCAUGCCUUGCUUCAGAAGUCAUCAAGAAAUAGUCUAACUGCAAGCUGUGAAUCAUCCUUAAGAUCAGAAAUAAAAGAUAAGAGGCCCAUUAAUCUACAAAUAAGUGAUUCACAACCACUGAAGAAACCUGCAGCUAACUCUAAUGAUCAUCCCUUUAGAGAAGAACCUAUGUGUUCUCUUCCUAAGAGGCUUUCUAACUCAAUGUAUGUUGAAAAACCUGUAAAUCAGGACCAAGCCACACAUAUUGUUAUUCUAAAACCAAGUCUUCCGAAGACUCGAAAGGUUGAAAGAACUAAUCGAUCUGUUAAAUCCUGGGAUAAUAGUAUGUAUGACGCUAUGAACCACAGAGAAUUUCUGAAGGAAGAAAUAAUGGAGUUAUAUCAAGAAGACAGAGGUAGGCUGAAAUUUGACACUCUGGAAAAUAGUAGACUGAGGGAAAAGGGCACUAAUAAACUUCCGAAAGAUGCUACACGAGAGAUGAAUAAUUCAGCUAUAGGAAGGAAGAUUUCUGUUUCAAAAUACAGUAACCAUGUUGAGGAUGAUAGUCUGUGGCCUAUGCCAAGCAUCACAAAUGGGAUUAACUCUCUAACCUCUUAUUGUAUUUCUGAUAAUGUCUGUGAGUAUGGUAAGAGUUUCAGCCCCUUAUCAUCUUCUUCCAUUGACUCAUCUGUUAAUUUGGAGGCUAGUAAACACAGGUCUGAGCGGUGGAGGUUGAACCAUGACGAAAUUGGCCUUUCUAUUAGAGAGUCUAGUACAUUGGGUGAGAUGCUAGCUUUAUCUGACAAAGAGAUAUUAAAUACAGCACAUAUUUCAUCAGUUGUGAAGAAAGCUUGUCCUUUGAGUAUCAGUAGUAAGGAUGGUUGGAAAGAUGGAUUAUCUAGGAAUCUACCAAGGUCCAAAUCUCACCCAGCAUCAUCUCUAGUUUAUGAAAAUUGUCAACAUAGCUCUAGAGACAGAUUUGUCGGCAGUAAAAGCAGGUUUAUGCCCAAGAAUAUACAGAAUGUGAGAAAUGGAACGUUUGUAGAUGAAGACCUAAUUAAGCAAACGAAUUCUUCACUAAGAAGUCUUCCAGAACACCAAAACAAAAGUAAGCUUCAUUCAAAUGGAAAAGGAGAUAGAUUACCUACACGAGAGAUUUAUGUGAGUUCAGUGGAACUUAAGCAUAAAAACUCUGUGGUUUCCCUUGCUAAAGAGGAACAUACAGCUUGUAAUCUCUCUGAUAUUCAUAACACUGGUGCAGUAAAUAUUUUUUCAGUUCCUUCUAGAAACAUUGCUGUGCCUUCUCUCUUAACGAAAGACGAGGGAUUGGAGAAGCUUCAUAAAGUUAGAAGAUCUGAAAGAAAUGGUAAACAUUCUGAGUUUGGGUUCGGUGAUAUGCUUUCAAAGCAAGCAUCAAGUGAUCAUGGUAUGAAUGAGCUUUUCCCUUCCUACUGCACUAAAUCAGUAUCAAUUUCUUCUGAUAUGUACAAGGAGGCAGACCAACCAAGUCCAGUUUCAGUUUUAGAGCUUUCAUCUAAAGAGGACAAGUCUACUUCAGGAUGCUUUAAGAACAUUAGCUCCGAUCUUCAAGAGCUUCGGAUGCAGCUUCAAUUUCUGAAUUUCGACUCGACGGAUAGUUUUGCAGAGGAAAUUGAUGCAUUUAUCUCCUUUGAUGAGGAUUCUAGAGAUCCCGUCUUUCAAUUAGGAGACAUACUCCAAGCCUUCAGAGAUGAAGAGGAUAGAGACUACUCAUACCUUCUUGACAUGCUCAUUGAUUCUGGAUUUCUUAAGUCAGAGAAAAUCGGGCUUUUCAAUGCACUUCAAUUGUCUGAACUUCCAGUUUCUGUAGAUGUCUUCAACAAGCUUGAGAAGAAGUACAAAUCAGUAGAGUCAUGGUCAACAUCAGAAAGAAAACUCUUAUUUGAUCUUAUAAAUUCUACAUUAGCUGACAUUUCUGCUAUGUUAUUUAUGAAUAAAUCAAGCCUAUGCUGGCAGUCCAAGAUGGCUCAUGAAGGUCCUGUUGAGAAAAUAUGGCAGGCUGUGAUCAAGUGCAGGAAAGAGGUAAGUAACAGCUUUUUAGAAGAGAAUCUCAUUGAACAAAGAUGGUUUGAAGUAAGGAAUGACUCAGAAGUGGUAGGUAGAGAACUGGAGAAUAUGUUGUCCGAACAUCUCAUCGAUCAGCUACUUAAAGAGCUUAUCUAUAUGUAGACUAAUAGUCAUCCUGAAGAACUGUAGUGGGAAUCCAGUCUAAUUAAAGCUUUUCUUUCUCCUCUUCAUGUCAAGCAUGGAGUUCUUGUACUGAGGAUUCAACAGACAAAUCUGUAUGGAAUGCACACAAAUUAUGCAUCUUGUUAGAGCUCACUUAACAAAGAAGGUUCGACUAACAUUUUCUCAGCUUUGUAUAUUUUUCAACCAAAUGUAAGUUGCUGUGACUUUAAAGUGUGUAAUUUGAUAAAAAUGUAUGAAAGGAUUGAAGGCUUUAUAAUUGUAGCAUAUGUAAAGGUAGGAAAUUGAAUGUUUGAUCAUUGUUGUGUGUUGUAAUAUAGUGAUGGUAUACAAGGAGAAAUUAUUAUUUUGGUUUU